UAUUCAGUCAAAAUUAACCUUGGAUGUGGGCUGGCUGAGGCUUAAAGCAUCAGUGGUGUUAGUAUAGCUGCCGGUGCCAGCUCAGCCAGCUCAGCACAAGCAAGCAGUGGCAUAAUGGCUUCUAUUUCUGAACGCACUUUCAUUGCUAUUAAGCCUGAUGGAGUACAGCGGGGCUUAGUGGGAGAAAUUGUUAAGCGAUUUGAACGGAAAGGAUUCAAACUGGUGGCUAUGAAAUUAAUACAUGCCUCUGAAGACCUUCUGAGAGAACACUAUAUUGACCUGAAAGACAGACCAUUCUAUGCUGGCUUAGUUGAAUAUAUGCACUCUGGUCCUGUGGUGGCCAUGGUAUGGGAAGGCUUUAAUGUCAUUAGGACUGGAAGAGUAAUGCUGGGAGAAACUAACCCUGUAGAUUCCAGGCCUGGCACAAUUCGUGGAGACUUCUGUGUACAAGUUGGCAGGAAUAUAAUUCAUGGGAGUGACUCUGCAGAAAGUGCUGAGACAGAAAUUAACCUAUGGUUUGCUCCUGAAGAAGUGGUUGACUACAGAAGCUGUGAGCACCCAUGGAUCUAUGACUAAAAUUGAUUAGUCGAUUGCUUAUCCCUUCACUCCUUUGACUGUUGAUCUUGAAACAAUUCCUACCUCCUUUAUCCUUUUUUGGGUUUUAUCCCCUUCAAUGUACUUGUUUGCACAUUUGUGGAAAUAUUCUUCAUGUGAUUUAAAGUAUAUGUGCAAUCCUUUUUGUGUGUGUUCUGGUUGAAGAAAAUGCUUUACUGACUGGAUUGCAUUGUACUUACAGUUAGAAAAUGCCAAGGAGUAAUGGAUGUGGGGAAAGAGCACAGUUUUCACCACUAAGCUCUUAUUAAGCGGUUGCUCAGUUGCACAUACCUUAUUUUGUUACCAUAGAUCAAUUGUAGCCAAUAGGCUCUAUCUAAUAUUUGUGCAUGAGAGGUAGAUGAGAAACUGCUGUGUAAAAACUGUGGUUUUGACUGUAGAGUAUAUUAUAUAGGAGAUUUGGCAUCAAAUAAUAUAUUGUCUAGAGUAGUUGAAUUACUGUUCUGUUUGCCUAAAAGCUAACAAAGCACGGUACUGCUGUAUAAACCAUUGCACUAUGAAAUAAUCUGAAUGUUGUGUAAAUCACUGCAAACUGAAGAAUUAUGGAACACGAGACUGAACUAUCGGUAUAACAAAUGUUGGCAAAGUUCAAGCUUGUUUGAGUGUUGAGUGGAUAUGCAGUUGAUGCUAAUACAUUUUGCAAUUAAUGCUUAUACAGAUGGUUAUUAAUUUUUUCCUCCUUCACUUUAGAAUUGAUCCUUUGUGCCAUUGGAAAGCAGGAUUAAUCUGGCAGUUUAUGCAGCGUGCUUGUAUGAGAACAGGAGAUUAACAAGAAGGCUGAUCAGUAAUCUCUUCCUUCUGUCACUUAUUUCUAUCACUUUGAUAUUGAAAACAUGUGAAUUAUAGAUUUCCUUCUUCAAA